AUGGCAAAGCAACGGAGCCCCUAAAGCAUAUUCAUCUUCUGGACAUACUGCGACAGCGCGACCCUAUUCGCACCGCCGUUGAAACAACACCCGCGUACGAUUGAAUAUUUAUAAGCAGAGAGAGAGAGGUUUCAAUUUGAAGUAUCGAAGACGAUGGGGAAGAAUAGCGAGAAGACAGGUUUAGGGAGGUUGCUGGUGAAGCAUCAAAACCAAAUGAUCCAACAGUCCAAAGAGAAGGGUAGGUUUUACAAGAGCCAGCACAGGAAGGUUAUGGAAUCGGUCACCGAGGUCAGCGACAUCGACACCGUCAUGCAGCGUGUAGAUGAAGAAGACCUGCUAUUGUCUGUCGAUCGUUCUGUCCCCAACCUCCUAAAUUUGGACACAAACUCUAGUACCAGUGACAUGACACCUGAGGAAAGGAGAAGACUGCAGAAGGAAGAGGAGGUUUUGCAUGCUAGCAGUCUCCAAGUCCCUCGUAGACCACCGUGGAAUGCUACAAUGUCUGUGGAAGAACUUGAUUCCAAUGAAAGACAAGCUUUCUUGAUCUGGCGCCGGAGUCUUGCAAGACUUGAGGAGAAUGAGAAGCUGGUUCUCACUCCAUUUGAGAAGAACCUGGAUAUUUGGAGGCAGCUUUGGCGGGUGGUUGAACGUAGUGACUUGCUUGUAAUGGUUGUUGAUGCACGAGACCCACUUUUCUAUCGCUGCCCUGAUCUUGAGGUAUAUGCACGGGAGAUUAAUGAGCACAAAAGGACACUGCUUCUUGUAAACAAAGCAGAUCUUUUACCAUUUUCUGUCAGGAAGAAAUGGGCAGAGUAUUUUCGUGGUCAUGAGAUUCUUUUUGUUUUCUGGUCUGCUAAAGCUGCUUCUGCUGCACUGGAGGGGAAAGAGCUUAGUGCCUCAUGGGAUACACAAGAUACCCGGGGAAAGAUGGAUGAUCCUGAUAUUCAAAUUUGUGGCAGGGAUGAACUUUUAUCUCGUUUACAGUCUGAAGCUGAAAAGAUAGUUAAAAUGAGGGUCAAAUUGGGCUCUAGUAGCAAUGAGCCAUCAAAUGCUCAAUCGCUUGGUGGAAAUAUUACAGGAAAUACGUCUUCUAAAAGUGUGAUAGUAGGGUUUGUGGGCUAUCCUAAUGUGGGCAAGAGCUCAACUAUCAAUGCUCUUGUAGGCCAAAAACGAGCUGGGGUCACCUCUACUCCAGGAAAGACAAAACAUUUCCAAACUUUGACAAUCUCUGAUGAGCUGACUUUAUGCGACUGCCCUGGAUUAGUGUUCCCAUCUUUUUCAAGCUCGAGAUAUGAGAUGAUUGCUUCUGGGGUUCUACCGAUUGAUCGGAUGACUGAGCACAGGGAGGCUGUGCAGGUUGUGGCUAAUAGAGUCCCAAGGCAUGUAAUUGAGGAUGUUUACAAGAUAAAUCUACCAAAACCCAAGCCAUACGAGCUACAAUCUCGGCCUCCUUUGGCAUCUGAACUUUUGAGGGCCUAUUGUGCCUCGCGUGGCUAUGUUGCAUCAGGUGGAUUACCGGAUGAAACUAGGGCUGCACGUCAAAUUUUGAAAAAUUACAUUGAUGGGAAGCUGCCCCACUAUGAAAUGCCCCCUGGAAUGCAUGAUGGUGAAGGUGAUCUGGAAGAAGCUGUGGCGGCCAAGUUGCCUGAAAUUCAAGAGUCAGAUUCAUCUGAUGUUGAGAACCCUUCCGAUGAUGAAGGUGGGAAUGCACCUGGUCUUGAUCAGGUGUUGGAUGAUCUCAAAUCAUUUGACAUGGCCAAUGGCCUUGCUACUAAGAAAGUUACUGUCAAGAAAACGAAUGCAUCCAAUAAGCACCACAAAAAGCCUCAAAGGAAAAAGGAUCGGUCGUGGAGGGUUGGAAAUGGUGAUGGUGAUGGUGAUGGAAUGCCUGUGGCAAGAUACUUCCAAAAGCCUGCCAAUACAGAUCCUUUAAAAGCUAUAUGAAUCCCCUGAUGUGAAAAUAGAUCAACUGAUGCCUUUUCUGGUGCAAUCAUGUUUCUCCUGAGAUGUGAACAAAUGAGUUACUUGCUACUGUCUGUUUGCUUACUCAAGGAGGUGGAAGGUCAGUAAAGAUUAAAAAAAAAAUACACUAUUGCGUAUCCCUAGCAAUGAAAUAGUUUGCUGAGCACAUUCUUACUAUUAGUAUCUUUCCGCGACAGGAAGAAGCUGAGCCAUUGAAAUUGUUUGGUAUGACUGAGCCACAGUACUGACCUGAAUUGGGUAUGAGAAGUAACUUAUGUCAUUGGUAUGGUCUUCUUUCUUAGGCGGCAAAAAUCCUUGUGAUAACAUUUAAUGCCGAGUAAAAAACAAGAGAUCAUGUAUUUCAUGUAUUUAUGUUAUGUGCAUUAGCCUGUUGGUGUGGUUGCAGAAUCCUGUGUAUGGCAGGCUGAAUCUUUCUUUUGUUGGGAGUGGAGGUUUACCUGCUUGAGAUUUAUCAAAGUUGUAUUAAAACUGAAAAAGAGAACUAGACUGAUUUUUCUUUCCAAUUGAAAA